AUGGCUUCUCAGAAAGUCGCCUCCGCUCUGGCGGCGAUCGAAGCAUCAAGCAGCCAACAGGCAAAAUCACAGCUCUACAACGAACUCCUGGCCAAAGUCGUCUCGAGCUCAUCAGGCCACGAGCUUUCGCAAGACCUGAUAUACUAUCUUGACUCGAUCCUCAGCGAGAAUGUCAGCAUUGUCGCCGCACGCCCUCUCCUCGAUUCCUUUAUCACCGUGCUCCGCGAUCUCCCUCCCGCCAUCAAAAUCAAAGUCGGCCAACACGCAGUAACGCUUCUCCAAUCUCGUUCCGCAUCCGUCGAGGAACAAGAUUCAAAUAUCCGCGAAAUACUGGCAGACGCGUACGAGGCAGAGGAAGAGUAUAGUGCCGCCGCACGCGUGCUACAUGGCAUUCACCUCGACAGUUCUCAACGGCUUAUCACCGACGCGGCGAAGACACGGAUGUGGAUUCGAAUACUUAGGCUGUACCUGGAAGAAGACGACACCACAAACGCGGAGUCCUUUCUCAACCGAAUCAAGAAUUUACCGAGCAAGAUUGAGGACCCGGAGUUGAAAUUGCACUUUCAGCUCUCGCAAGCCCGCAUUCUCGAUGCUCGUCGCCGUUUCUUGGACGCUAGUCAGGAAUACUUUAAUGUCAGCUUAGCGUCCGGUGUGGACGAGAGCGAUCGACUUCAAGCUCUUUCCGCCGCAAUCAUCUGCGCCGUGCUCGCACCAGCGGGCCCGCAGCGCUCGCGUACGUUGGCACGACUUUACAAGGAUGACCGCGCAACCUCUGUUGAGGUCUUUUCUAUCCUGGAGAAAAUGCAUCUAGACCGGUUGUUGACACCUGAGGAGGUAAGCGCCUUCUCGCAAAAAUUACAGCCGCACCAACUUGCGAAAACCGCCGACGGAUCGACGGUGUUGGAUAAAGCGGUUAUUGAGCACAAUCUUGUGGCGGCCAGCAGGCUCUACGAGAAUAUAAAGACCGACGCUCUUGGGGCGAUCCUGGCCCUGAAAGAUUCUAGCGAUGCCUCGGCAGGCGAGAAGGCAGAGGAUUACGCCGCUCGGAUGGUGGAACAAGGUCGUUUGAAGGGCAGCAUUGAUCAGAUCGAUGGUAUUAUCUACUUCGACUCGGAUAUAUCGGGGGUUGGGAAUACGGGGACCAUGGGAAGGAAUAUACGGCUUUGGGAUGCAGGCGUUGAGACGAUUGCAGAGGAUGUUGAGAGGGUUGCUGCUAGUGUGGCAGAUGCUUUCCCUGAGCUUGCCACUUCUCAGAUGGUGCACUGA